ACCAUUAUAUGAUUUUUUUAACCUUCUUUAUUGCUCUUUUCUUGAUUAAAUAGAGCAAAUGGUGGAUGGGGAAACUCUACAAAUGGUAGUAAAUUGUGCAUCAGUGGAACAGAUGCAGUUAUGUGGUCUCAAAAUAAUCAAGGACCAAAUGAAGUUGAGAAAAGUUUUUGCCACAGUGUGUGGUAAUGCAGACUCAACUUUUGGUAUAGCUUCAUUUACCACACCAACACGUGGCACUAGUACAAAUACAUCUGCAACUCCAAAAGGCACAAGAAAAUUGAAGCUGUCUGAGAUAAAAAAUCUUACACCAGAGGAAAAGAGAUUGUACUACAUGAAGAGAAAUAAAGUUGCAUCUGCUGCAAGGAAAGAGUGGCCAGGAAAUGAUAUUCCUUGUUUUAAAAAUAAUCAAGAGAAUAUGAAGAAGCUAGAUAGUUUAGUAAAAACAAUUGAAGAGGAGUGCUCGUUGCCUUUUUUUGGCCGUCAGGCCAUAAGACGCCAUAUAUUAGACACUUUGACAGAAAGGAGACGAUGUGUCAAAAAAGGACAUGAUUAUGAAGAUACCUCAGGCUCAGCAAAGAAAAGGCUCAAAUUGGAGGAGUCAAAUGAGGCUGGUGCGACCAAAUAUGGUUAAAAUAAUUUUAACUGUUUAUGUACUCCAUUUUUACCUUUUUUAUUAGAUCUUGAGGAAAGUGAUAUAAACAA